AUGAUUCACACAUCAUUCGCUCAACAAGCACCUCUCACACAACAACCUCAAAAAGUACAACAAUUCGUCCGUAAUGUCAAUUCCACUCUCUCUGCUACAACUCCAAAGAAACAAAGCAAAGUUCGUUUCUUGAGACAAAUUCUCAAAAACUUGAAGGAAUUAGGUUUGUUGAAGAAUACUUCCGAACAAGCUCCAUACAAUGCACAAGAUGCUAAAGUUACUUUGAGAAAACUCUCAGUCAUUGUGGAUCAUCUCUUGCAAUUGAAGAAGGACGGAAAGACUGACGAUUUGAAGACUCAUAUCGAAGAGUUGAAGAAAUCACAAAACUUCCAUGAAGUGGUCCGAUUGGUGAGAAGAAUUUUGAGAAGAUUUUUGAGAAGAAAGGUUAGAAAGUUGGCACAAAAGAUUAGAAUGAUGGCCAAGCAAGUUCACCAACAACAACAACCAUCAGCAGCAGCUACAACUGUUGCUACUCCUGUCAAUAAGAAUGUCAAGCCAAAGAGAGUCAAUAGAAGAUUCCCAAUUGAAAAGUUCUUGAAGAGACUUGAAAAUCUUGUCAGAUCUGUCAAAGUUGCUUCUGUUUGGAAGAAGAGAUUCCCAAGACGUGUUCCAAAGAGAAAUCAGAAGAGACGUUUACCAAGAAGAAAGCGAGCUGUCAGAAGACCAGCAGCUGUUGAACAUUUUGAUUUCCUUGCAAGACUUGUUGAAAGACUUGAAAGAAUGGAAAAAAGACGUUCUCAAAGAAGAGUUCCAAGAAGAGCUCCAAGAAGAGUUUCAAGAAAUAGAAGACAAAGAAGAGUUUCAAGAAGAGCUCCAAGAAGACAAGAAAAGCCAUUGUUUUUCGUUCACAAACAAUUGCUCAAGAAUGUCUUGACUACUUUUAUGAGAAAGCAUUCUAGAAAGCCAAGAAGAGCUUAA